AAAAUUGCUGGCUGGAUUUCUUAAAAACACCUAAAUACUCUCGAGGGUUACAACUUGAUAUAUUUUAUCCAGAAUAUAGUUUCGCAAUUGAAGUUCAAGGAGAACAGCACGAAAAAUAUAUAGAAUUCUUUCAUAGAGGAGACCCAAACAAUUUUAUCAAACAGCAAGAGUGGGAUCGACUCAAGGAAGAAUUAUACGAAAAGAAUUAG